AUGGCCGAGGAGAACCUCCCACCGACCCUGCAGAACGUGCUGGACCAGAAGUCUCUCAAGUGGAUCUUUUGCGGCACGUGGCAAGGGUGGCGAAAGACAACCACGUCCUGCUCCCUGGCCAUCCAGCUCGCCCAGGCCCGCGAGUCUGUCCUGUUGAUCUCUACGGACCCUGCCCACAACUUGUCCGACGCAUUUGGCCAAAAGUUCUCCAAAGAAGCCACCAAGGUGAACGGCUUCGGCAACCUGUUCGCGAUGGAGAUCGACCCCACGAGCGCGAUACAGGAGAUGGUCGAACAGUCGGACUCUAACGGGAUGAUGGGGACCAUGAUGCAGGACCUUGCGUUCGCCAUUCCCGGCGUGGACGAGGCAAUGAGUUUUGCCGAGAUCAUGAAGCAUGUCAAGUCCAUGGAAUAUUCUGUCAUCGUAUUCGAUACAGCCCCAACGGGGCACACCCUUCGCUUUCUCUCGUUCCCCACCGUCCUGGAGAAGGCUCUCGGCAAGCUGGCAACCCUCAGCGGCCGCAUCGGGCCCAUGCUCAAUCAGAUGUCAAGCCUCAUGGGCGGCCAGGCGGAUGCGACCGAGGACAUGUUCUCGAAGCUCGAGUCGAUGCGAGCAGUUAUCACGGAAGUGAACACCCAGUUCAAGGACCCCGAAAAGACGACGUUCAUCUGCGUCUGCAUAUCCGAGUUCCUGUCCCUGUACGAGACGGAACGCCUCGUCCAGGAACUCACCGCGUACGAGAUCGACACGCACAAUAUCGUCGUCAACCAGCUCCUCUUCCCCAAAGCCAGUUCUAACUGCGAGCACUGUCGGGUACGGAACAAAAUGCAACAGAAAUACCUGAACGAGGCGCACGAGCUCUACGACGAGUUCUUCCACAUCGUACAGCUACCGCUGCUGACAGAGGAGGUCCGUGGCCCCGUGAAGCUGAAGGAGUUCAGCAAGAUGCUCGUGGAGCCUUUCACACCAGAUCUGGAUUGA